AGCUAACGUUUGCGACUGUAAUGUUACUGAUUAUUGACACGACCUAACGUUAAAGGCGUUUGAUGGUCAAUUUGUUAUCUACAAUGGCCGUGCAGCAUUUACGGUGAUAUGGCCUCCACAGAAGUCAAGGCAUUCAUUAUUCUUGCGCUUCGCGGAGCAGAGCUGAUGUGAAGAAGUUCAAGAUUACUGUAAUUGAAGGAACUAUGGGAAAGUUCUCCUUUCCAAGGCUCAUCAUAAGAAUGCCAUGGGCAAAUCGGUCUGCACAAGAUGAUUUCUGCACAGGAACUACUGAACUCCACGGGCCCAGAACACACCAGCCUCACAACUCCUCACAACUCCCCAGCCUUAAUGUGUGUAGGCAGGACAAGGAGAAUACCGAUUCAAUCCAGAAGAAGAGGAAAAAGAAGAGGCUAAAUGAGAAGGGAACCCAGGUUGAACUAGGCAUGCGGGAGGAUAUCCAUGACCUUGACCUCGCCCAUUGGAGAUUGGCUAGAGAGACAUGGAGAACUGAGCGAGGAAACAUGAGGGAGAUUAAGGCGCUGUAUGGAGAAAUAUUUAGGCUGCACCAACUCUUGGAGGAGAUUGGGGUGGAUAAAGGGGUGAUCAAGCAGCGCUCCAACUCCUCCAUUAUUUGUCCCGUCUCCCCGACACUGCCAGCUUUCCCCUGGUACAACCACCACAGGAACCUCGCCAACAGCCAAUCGGAGCCUGACCAGCAUGCUGCCGGCACCCAGAAGGACCCACCUAAGAAACACUCAAUCUUUCCCCCUCUGGACACACAGAGCUGCAACUCCCCUGAUAAAUGGCCUCAUUCUCCAUCCAAGAUGUCACACCCACACGCUUCACACCGAUUUGCUGUCCCAUCCCACCUCCUGGCUUCCGGCCCUCCUGCCCGGAUGAGACAGACCCAUCCGCAGGUCCACCCCAGGUCCCCAUUGACUGGCCAGGCAAAGGUCAAGGAUGAGGUUAAGAGGCCAGAGACUGCAUCGUCUGAGGAAUUGUCUGAGGAAGUUCAACGGAGAGGAGCAGAAAUUGCAAGCAUGUAUAAAGCACAGCUGAAAGAGAGGAUGGCCCAAAAGAGAAAGGAAGAGAUUCUGAAGAAAAUGGCAAACAGCGAUGACAAGAACGAUGACACUGAGGCCUCCUGCUCCUCUGCAGUAAAACGAUCUAAUACCCCUGCCACAGCCCCCGAGCGCCCGGCCAGCCCAGAGGCCACGCCAGUGAGGAGAGAGAACACUCAGGGGGACACCCAGCAGGACCUGGCAGAGGUUGUGAAUGUGCUCAAGAGGCAAUCAUCUGAUCUAUACCUGCCUGAUGAUGUUUCUGAGGAGUCACUCACAUGGAAAUCCAUUUACGAGGAGCUGUGCCCGCUCGCUCACAGAGUGAACACAGAAGCUGACUACAUCAAGGCGCUCCGCGUCAUCACUGAGAAUGCUGUGACUCCCUCGUGCUCGUCUGAGGAUGAUGUGUCUCAGAGUGUGAGUGAGGACACAAGUCAGGAGGAGAGUAGUGAAAGUGAGGAGAGCAUGAGUGGACAUCAGCAGAGAUGUCUACACAGGGAUCCUUAUGGUAAGAGGGACAGGAAGGAGAUUGAUAGUGGUAAAAUGGAAGGGAGAUUUGCAACCGCCAAUGCAAUGUCUAUGAUGGCGAGCCGAGGGAUAAAAGAACUUAAUGCCAUGAGCUACGCAGACAGGAUCAAAUAUUUCAAGUAUGAGGCUAAGAGAAAUGAAGAGAUGAUGAAGAUUGAAAAGAGGAAGGAAAAAGCCAGGGACGAAGAGCUCAAAAAGUGGGAAAAGAGACAGAAGAAAUUGAAUGAGGAGGAAAGGAAAAGGACAGAAAAUAUGGAAAAAAACAAGUUAGAGGAGCAGAGGAAACGGGAGAAGGCAGAGAUGAAACUAAAGAUUGAACAUGAGAAAAAGAGACAAGAGCAAGAGAAAAAGAGAGAGAAAAAAGAAAGAAAGCAGCAGGAGAUGCAACAGAAGGCCCGUGCAAAAGAAGAGAAAAAGAGGGCAGAGGAAGAGAAAAAGAUGGAGAAACAGAGGAUGGAGGAGGAGAGGAACAGGGAAAAGGAGAGAAUGAAGGUGUUGGAGAUGCAGCAAAAGGCACGAGAGAAAGAAGAGAAGAGGAGGAAAGAGGAACAGAAAAGGAGAUUGAAGAUACAGCAGGAACAAGAGAAGGAGGAACAGAAAAGGCAGACAAGGAUACGGGACGAGGAUAAGAAGAGAGCAGAGCUUCAAAGAAUAAAAGCUCACGAGGCCAGGUUCAAGAUGGAGAUGGAGAAACUGUAUGAGAGAGAAGAGAGGAAUGCACAGAUUGAAAGAGAAAAGAGGCGUGCGCUGUGUCAGAAAAAAGGACAGACACAGAGAGCAAAACAGGUGGUGGCAUACGAGGUCGCAGCGUCUACAUCUGACGCCUCUGUGCGGAGGGAAGAGAGGGAGCAGCGUCCAGAGACCGCUCACGCACAGUCUGCAAAGAGGAGAACAAGGAAGAAGCAGAAGAAAGCGGCGGACGAGGCAUCGACAACUUUUCAGUAGAUGACAAAAGAAAGGGAGCAAACAAAAGAAGAAAUGUACAAGUCAAUGCUCCUAGCCUGUUCAAGUCUGAGAUGGAUGAAAAGAGCAGCCAAAGAAACAGAUCUGUUGAAGCAUCAAUUGGAAAGGAUGGGAGGGUUGGAGGAGGAGCACAGCUGGAUGACUACAUUAGAACCAUAAAGAAAUCCUCCAUAUCAACAGCCAUAUAUCAAAUCCAUCCUAUCUUGACAAGAUCACAGAGACUUUCAUGAGCUGCUGGAGGACAUCAUGGAGGAAGAGGGAGAGGGUCUAUGAUAGGCAGUUUGCCAUGGCCCUAAAUGGGCCUUUGAAUGUUAAUUCUUCCUGCUUCAUAUCAUACAACUUUACAAUAAAAAUGAAUUGCAAGCA